AUGUUGUUGCUUCAAAUAGUAACCCAGCUCGGCAUCGCUAUCCUCACACUCAUAACGCACCCCUCGACUUAUGGAAACCCAUACAUACCCUUGACAAUCGGAGCAUUUAUCGAAGCGGCAGUCCCUCACAUCCUCUUCAUCGCUGACAACGCCGCGCACUCCUUCAUCAUGUCUAUUCCCUCUCUCCCGGCUCCUCCCACUCGCCAUGCCAUCUCAGGCCCUCAAGCGAUAAUCCCCUCAAAGGAUAUCAUACUCUGGACACCCAUUGGGCUCCCAGUGUCCGCAGGACUGCACGUGCCGGCCCUCACGAUACCCCCCAUCCCGAGUCCGUCGAGCAUCACGGAGGAGCGCACCCAUCGACCAACACCACAACUCGAAUACCCCACGAAGGACCUCAUCGUCUGGGAGAGGUACACAGCUGAAUUGGUCGAUGCAAUCGAGCCAAUACCGCUUGUCGCAUGUGGAAUCAUCAUCGUAUGCUGCGCCUGCGUCAUGGCAAUGGUCUUUCACUCCCGGUACUCAGACAAAGUCAAGGCACGCGUAUCGGAUGUUCUCCCCACUGUCGCUCUCGACACAGAUGCCGGUGCAGCCUUGCCGUUCAGCGACGAGCUCGCGUUGAACGGCGAGGAUGCCUCGGCGGACUUGUCUGACCAGGUAUUCAUCAACAACAUCAUCAGCGGCCCAAACCAGUUUGUCCAUCCCAACGACACCCUCAGGGUCGCAGGCGAAACACUGCUGGAGGUUUCAAAUGACAACGUCGACAACGGAUCUACGCUCUCACCUGCCCAGAUCACAGACCUAUCCAAUGGUCGUAUGGCCUUAUACCCACACACAGCGGCCGCCAAUCCCAAUGGCGACGACGCUGAAUAUACCCAGGACAUACGGGGCGAACAUGCCCAGGUGAACACCGACGUUGCGCUAAUCGAAUCAAGCGCCCUAGUGAGUGGCCAAACCACCGUGCUCCAUCCCGCAUCCGCUGACACAAUGGCUGGCGGAUCCCCGCUCACCGUCACAAACCCGCUCAGCACACUCCUGAUAUCCUCAAGACAGGAAGAAUGCGAAGAGCACGAGAGACAGUGCAAGGCAAUGUACGCCAGCGCAGAUGAGUGGAGUACCGAGGACCUCAACCUCGCCUUGCCACAACCUGCCGAAGAGCAAGUAGGAUAUCAACGCACGACAGACCUGCGCCAGCAAUGCGACAAACAGUCUGCCGCCCUUCAAGACCAGUGCGCUAAUACCGAUGAAUGGAGUGCCCAGCGAGAUCGGGAGGAUGCUGAAUUGAAGCAAGACAGCAAGCUACUGGAGGAAAAGAGCGCACGGGUUGCCGAGGAACGCAAAUACCUAGCGGAAGUUAUCGCUCAAAUGAGCCACGCACAUGUACAGCUAGCGGAAGAGAGCGGGACUGACGAAAACGUCGAGCGAGUCGAGAUGGAGGUCCACGAGGCAGUUUCCCAGGAGGACGAGCAAGGGAGCGAGGAUCUGCGACAGACGCAGCCACCGCCAAGUAAAGCGAUGCCAUUGGACGAGUAUAAUCCCAUAAACGAGCUGCCCAGUGAGGAUCACGAACAGCAACCACAGGACGAUCUCGAGGAAAGCGAGGAGGAAUUCCACAGAUUGCUCAGGGAAACCGAGAGCCAGGCUGGGCAGGAGCGAUGCGCGGAGAGCACGACAAGCGAAAGCAUCGAGCCGUUCGAAGAGGUCGACACGAUUAAGACGGAAUAUGACCGGCCAACCGAGCAUGAUGGGGAGAACGAGGCGAAAAUUCGAACCGAAGGAGCCUCGCUGGAGUGCGCGCAGCAUCUGGUCGACGACCUGGACGCAGACGAGCAAGGCGAUGAGGCCAACGAUCAGACUCAUCAAACAGAGGAGCAGGAAGAUGACGACUUGAAAGCCUGGCAUAGAUUUUGCGAACAGCACUAUAGCGUACUGGACGACUCUCCGUCUACGCUCAGUGUUACGACAUCCUCACCUGAGACCCCGUCGAGCGACUAUCAUCCACCAAUUUGCGAGCAAGAUGCUCAUGGCCAACACGAAGCAGUUGAGGGUCAAACGCGCCGACCUCGGGAUGAGCCAUACACCCUCUAUGAAACAAAACCUUCACGUCCGGCCAUCAGCGCUUCACUAUCGCGUGCACCGAUGCCGCUGGUGUUCGAGUAUGAUGAUGCGACGCCGCUGAUUGCUCCCAACAGACCUCGGCCGCUGCCAACACCCGCUCUGCCUCGCAUCCGGCCUGACAUCUGGUCCUCACGCGAACAGAUCGACGUCAUUCCACCUCCGACAUCGCUCAUGUCGCUGCACGAAAGCCCAGGCGACAUAAGCGAACAGACUGGGCGUUCAGCGAACGUACAGCCUGGCUCGCCCACAUCGCCACAGGCUGCCAACGCGCCCAGACGCACAAGACGGCUACUGGGAACCAUGCCACGCGCAUUCGCACUUGCAAUGGAUCAGGGUAAGAGCAGGAGACGAUAG